AUGGGACCCUUCAUGGUAUGGGUAUGGGGCAACGUGUUCAAACUCGAGGUUAUGGAUCAUUCAUUGCAGGUUUCGGCCGACCAUCAGUCUAGUGUCAUGGAAAGAGACAUGAGACUUUUCCAUUGGCAUGUUCUUGCUCAUCAGCCAGGGCACCAUAAUACAAGUGUGGGUCGUGGAUAUGGAUCAUUUCGGGGCUGCAGAUUCAAACUCAAGGUUAUAGAUCAUGCAUUGAGGAUUCUAGACGACCAUCACUCCAAUGUCAUGAAACAAAACAUGAGACUUUUCCUUUCAUGUGUUCUUGAUCAACAUCCAGGUGACCACAUUACGAGUGUGGGUGGUACAAGUGUAGGUCGUGGAUAUAGAUCAUUUGGCAUAGGGGUCACCAACUCGAUCUACUAUGUAUCGUAUGGGUUCGAGACACGAUUUGAUUUUCUUAUGUUCUUUGAAAUGGGACCCAACAUGGUUUAG